AUGGACGUUGACUCAAGGGAAAUUAAAGGUAUUAAGCCUGAUACAAUGGAAAAGUUUCCAGAUUCCGAUAAUGCUGGUUGGAGACAUCUUUUAUCCACGGCCAAAAAUAAUUUGGCUCAAUCACAAAGCAUAAAUCCUGAAAGUAAAGCCAAGUAUUUUCGUAGAGAUGCUCAUAUCAUCGAAGCUCCAUUGGAAUCAUUAUCGGAAUUUAGAGUAUGUAAGAAAUGCGGGAAGCCGAUUAAAUUGACUGCAUUAGUGGAUCAUUUGGAAAAUAAUUGUUCAAUUUUAGAUUCGAAGACCGCGACUACUUCCUCUGAAGCUACCACUUUAAGAGACGAAACUCCGGAAGUUAAAUCUGAAUCGACAAACCAGCAAUUACCUGGACCAGGGAAAACUAUAGACCACUUGAAUUACACGGGGAAGAGACCACCACCUUCAUCAGAUACCACUCGUGAUAACAAUGAUGAUAAUGACGAUGAUGAAGAAGAUGAUGACGACGAUGAUGACGAUGACGACGAUGAUGACGACGAUGACGACGACGAUGACAGUCAAAGUCAAGGACCAGAUUCAAAGAAAUUUAAAAGCUCAACUGGGACCUCAUCCUCCAAGACAAAGAAGGUCAAGAAACAACGGAAGAUCAAACAAAGAAAUCCAACAGACAAACAUUUAAUUGAUUUUGAUAAACAAUGUGGUGUUCAAUUACCAGAAGGUGGCUACUGUGCCAGAUCUUUGACUUGUAAGUCACAUUCAAUGGGUGCAAAAAGAGCUGUUGAAGGAAGAACUCAAACUUUUGAUUUCCUACUAGCGGAGUAUCAUAAGGAACAUCAAACCAAGAUUGGUGCUGCUGCCGAGAAGCGUGCCAAACAACAAGAAUUACAGAAAUUACAAAAGCAAAUACAAAAGGAACAGAAGGAGCAAAAAAGAUUAUUACAGCAACAGAAGAGGCAAAAGAAAUUGGCCAACAGUAAACAGAGAGAGACCAGCUCUGCAAGAGGGAGGGGUGGAGACAAUAGAAAUUCUUCUAGAGCUAAUGAUAAGAACCUUACUGAUCCAACUUCAAAUUUGACGCCAGAAGAAGAGACAACACAAGUAUUGAACGGUGUUUCCAGAUCUUUCCCUCUCCCAUUGGAAUCUACUGUCGUCUCAUCAACUAGAGGUAGAACCAAGUAUUUCAGAAUGAGAGAAAUGUUUGCUUCGUCUUUUUCUAUCAAGCCCGGUUAUACAACACCAGGAUAUGGAUCAAUACAUUCUAGAGUUGGUUGCUUGGAUCUGGAUAGAACCACCGAAUACAAAUUCCGUAUACGUACCCCUCAACCUAUAAAUCAAAUAGCUGCUCACAAUUUAUCACCUCAACAAUUACAAAAAUUACAACAACAACGAAUUCUACAAGCUCAAAUGCUGGCUCAAAAGAAGCAACAGCAACAACAAUUUCAGCAGCAGCUACAACAACAGCAGUUACAACAGCAGCAGCAUCAACAGCAAUCACAAGGUCAACCACAGAUACGGGCUCAAGCCACUGUCUCAUCUGAUAAUGGAUAUAACCAGAACGUCAACCCAACUAAUACAAUGAAUAACACUGGAAAUAUGGCAACUGGCGACAAAGGUUUGACACCACAGGAGAUUCAACUUCAACAGCAGAAACUACGACAACAACAAAUACAACAACAGAAAUUUGAAGAUGCCGCCUUCCAUUUGGCAAACGCAACAAAACUUAUGGAAAGUUCAUCUAAUAUAAAUGGUUCUACUUCACCUGGUACUCCGGUAAAUAUUGGUAAUUCACCACCAAUGAACUCAAAUCAACAGCAGGUGGGUAACAUGGUUGGUGGUCGUGUCAACGUUGGAAUAGGAAAUUCUGUAAAUGGAUAUGGAGGUCGGGUCAAUUAA